AUGUUACUGUCGUUUCAUCUUGAUAUUGAAAAUUUGAAAACUAAGUUCAAUAAUCUUGAAAAUGUUGAUAAAGUAAAUAACAGCAAUAACCGGGAGCUAUUACCGGCAUAUCGUCAACAAUCUAACGACAAUUUAAAGGAUAUAAAUGACACAAGUGUUUUUAGUAAUAGUGUAGAAACGAUUUCUACACCAUGGACAAAUGUUGGUGUGCUAGCUGCUGCAAAAACAAGCUGUGAUUUACAAUCUGACGACAACGCCACUGACGACCGAUUUACACUAGUUCAGAAAAUUAAGAAAAGGUCUAAAUCAAGAGCAUUACCGACACCUGCAAAACCUGUCCAACUUGCUGUAAAAAACGACAAGGACUCACUAGCAAAACCUACCAAGUCUGAAGCUUCUGCAACAACAAACCAACUCAAUAUAGCAAAACCUACUAAGAUUGUGGGAUCAAUGACAACCAAUCCACUCUUUACGGCAUCUAAAUCUAUCAUUAGAAAAAAAAUCUUCUACAUUGGUAAUGUGAACUUGCCUGAUAGUAGCGUUAUAAUUAAACAUUGUGAAAGUAGGGGAAUAAAGUUGAUCUCAUGUAAUCCAACUACCAAGCCUCUUGGACCUGAUGAAGUUCAAAUAAAUCAUACUUCGUUUAGGUUAUGUGUUCCAGCGAUGAAUACAACAAAGUCAUGUCCACGUCAAACUGGCCCAGUUCAGUUAUCAUACGAGAAUGGAUAUUUAACAGAAACAACACCAAGUCUGAUAACGUUUUAUCCAGUGCUUCAACAGUUUCAACAAAAAAUGAUACAAACCUCCCCGAGAGCUCCGCAAACAACAACAUUACCAAUCCAGAAAGCUGACUAUGUGAACCAAAUGCUAAUCGACCCCCACAAAAUUGCCCUAGUUAAUGAGAAUUUAGCUGUAAUUAAAUGGGAACCUCAGUAUGGAGUUGAUCUUGAUUCUGAAUACGAUGGUUUCUUCACGAAAUACAUGGAUGUUAUAAAUUUCAAUUGUCCUGUUAUAUGCACGAAAAAUCGUUUUAGAAAAAAUUGGAUGAACAUCAAUCUCUACAAUAGUUAUAUGGAUAAAAAUAAACUCUACCUCAAUUACCUUCAAAACCCAACGGUCUCCUCAAUUAAAUUUCUUGGUAUAACACUACAAAGUGAUUUAAAAUGGAUUGAACAAGUCAACCUAGUGCUCAGCAAAAUGAAGUUAUUAUUAGAUGGCUUAGAUGGUUUUACGUGGCUGAUCAAGGUUGGCAACUCUGUGCUACUCGACACCCUGGUUGGAGUACGACUCCGCUUUUUAGUAAUGUCGGAAGACCGUGAUGACAAAAAAUAA